AUUCCACUAGAUUACCACCACCUCCACCUCGUCGUCUCCCACCACCGCCGAGCGCGAGCCCUAGCCCGAUCUAGCCGGCGGCAGGCACCAGAUCCCGCCGCCCGCGGCGUCCCGGGACGCGCCCCGCCGAAUCCGCCGCUCCUCGCACUGCAACACGCCCGGACCACGGUAAGUUUGCCGCGCUGGUUGAGCUCGACCAGGCCCUCCUGCUACCUUCCUCGCAUUGGGCUGGGGGGGUGCUCCGGAGACGGUUUUGCCCUGCAUAGGCUUCACCUGCAUAAGUUUGUUUCGGUUUUUGCGUGAAUUAUCGAGGUGGUUUUGGCUUGUGCGUUUGGUUUCGUUCGUUUGGGGGUUGGCCGUGCCUGGGUUUGGAUUCGGAACGCGGUGCGUGUUGAUGCUGGGGGGCCGAAUCUACAUGCUACAUGCCCUAUUAAACGGCUGUCACUAGUCCCGAUCCCCGAUCCCAUCGGCUCCUAGCAGAGGCGCACCAGGUCCCACUGCCACCGCAACCAAGCGCACCUUGCCGGCCGCCGCUCGUCCUCAUCUUCAAAUCCCCUCUUGCACGGCUGCACCUCCUAGCCCGUAGUGUGGAUCCAUCCCCACACGGCCCUCGCCAAAUCUACUCCUCCAGUCGGCAGGAAAGGAACCCCUCUCUACCUCGGAGGCUCGGACAGAGUGAACGCGCCACCCGCCCCGGCGAGCAUUGUCCGCUGCCGCGCGCCACCUUCCGCUCACGGGUGCAUUUGAUCCGUCCCGGCCGCCUACACGAUGUCCAAGUCGGGAGCGCUGGAUCUUGCUUCUGGCCUCGGAGGGAAGAUCAACAAGGUGGAAGUCAAGUCGGCCGUCGAUGAGUAUGAGAAAUAUCAUGGAUACUAUGGAGGGAAGGAGGAAGCAAGGAAGUCCAACUAUACUGAUAUGGUUAAUAAAUACUAUGAUCUUGCCACUAGCUUCUAUGAGUAUGGUUGGGGUGAAUCCUUCCACUUUGCUCACAGAUGGAAUGGAGAAUCCUUACGUGAAAGCAUCAAGCGACAUGAGCAUUUUCUUGCCCUGCAACUUGGUUUGAAACCAGGAAUGAAGGUUUUAGAUGUGGGCUGUGGAAUAGGUGGACCACUGAGAGAAAUUGCAAGAUUUAGCUCAACUUCAGUUACCGGAUUGAAUAACAACGAAUACCAGAUAACCAGGGGAAAGGAGCUCAACCGUUUAGCAGGAAUUAGUGGAACAUGUGAUUUUGUCAAGGCGGACUUCAUGAAGAUGCCGUUCGAUGACAACACUUUUGAUGCUGUUUACGCCAUUGAGGCAACAUGUCAUGCACCUGAUCCAGUUGGUUGCUACAAGGAGAUAUAUCGUGUGUUGAAGCCUGGCCAGUGCUUUGCCGUGUACGAGUGGUGCAUUACGGAUCACUAUGAUCCUAACAAUGCAACCCACAAAAGGAUCAAGGAUGAAAUUGAGCUUGGCAAUGGCCUGCCAGAUAUCAGAAGCACUCGGCAAUGUCUCCAGGCAGUAAAAGACGCCGGGUUUGAGGUUGUUUGGGAUAAGGAUCUUGCUGAAGAUUCUCCCUUGCCUUGGUACUUGCCCUUGGAUCCAAGCCGAUUCUCCCUGAGUAGCUUCCGUUUGACCUCUGUGGGACGCAUGAUUACCCGCACAAUGGUCAAGGCCCUGGAGUACGUUGGUCUUGCUCCGCAGGGCAGUGAGAGGGUCUCUAAUUUCCUGGAGAAGGCUGCAGAAGGGCUGGUAGAGGGCGGAAAGAAGGAGAUCUUCACGCCAAUGUACUUCUUUCUUGUUCGGAAGCCUCUUCUGGAAUGAGCUCUUGGAUCACCUUUUCAGAGAGAGAAGGCAAGUGGUCAUUUCGAAGAAGCCGAGGAGAGGGAACCUGGAAUCAAGAAAACCUUCAGCUCUCCUGUGUAGGAGGAAAGUUAACGAACAGUGUAGUAACUGUUCAGCUUUGUGUUUAUUCAGUUGUUUUGCUGCUUGAGGUUAUUCGUUUCUAGGUGGGGGUUGGAAUCCUUUUCGCCAUAAACCUCUCAGUGGCAUAAAUAAGAUGGUUUGCAUAAGAGUACUUCAUGGAUACCGUAAGGGCUACUACUGAAAGAGAAAUGUUUAAGCAGCAUGGUAUGUGAGCAACUAGUGAUAAUUAUUCCAUCCUUUUUUUUAAUAUAAAGCAGGAGUUUUGUCA